UCGAAGACUUCGUUGUCCGCUCGGCCAAUUCAUGCGCUGAAACUUCUCUCAACAUGUUUCCCUCUCAGUUGUUACCAGUACUAGUCACGUGCUUAAUUCAAAUUACCAAUGCGCAUGCUAUACCAAGAGACUCAGCAAUCGUAUUACCAAAGUCUUUGGAUGAUACAACCGCGGUUGCCCUGCCAGAAUCGUAUCUUAGCUACUCUUUCGAAUUCGGUUUCUUUCCAGACUUCGCAGGCAAUGCCUCAAGCCCCAACAACUUCAGCAUCAAUCUGCUAGCUAGUCUCGCCGAGCUUCAAGGUUCAGCGCCAAUUCUCCGCGUGGGAGGCAACACGCAGGAUAAGACGUUCUUCUACUCGAAUCAGUCACAGGCUAUCAUCAACACAUACGAUGACGAAGUCUCACUGGACUACCCAGCAAAAGUCGAGAUAGGCCCUGCCUUUUUCGAGUCCUAUGACAACUUUCCAAACAGCACCGCCAUCCAUGGCUUCAACUUUGCAGUCGGCGGCACUUGCGCUUCUUGUUUAGAACAAGUCCUGGAACACGCCAUUACAGCAUGCAAGGCUCUAGGAGAUCGCGCUUUAGCUUGGGAAUACGGAAACGAACCCGACAUGUACGGCUUCAUCGGCGAACGGCCUGAAAGCUGGAACGAAGAAUCCAUCUACCCGAAUUGGCGCGAGGGCAAAGAAGCACUUACCACAGCUUUCAAAGAAAACUGUCCUUCUCCACAACCAGUGCAAUACCUCGCCCCAUCCUUCGCCAUCCCUUUUAAAUUCAUGGACCCCAUCAAAGCAUGGCAGGCGGGUUUCAACAAUGAUCCCGACAUUUACUCUUUCGCUCAGCAUAAUUACGUUGGCGUAUCAACAGACCCAGGCCUAACACUCCGCUCCUCCCUCCUAAACCACACUCACACGACCUCAUCCCUCGCUAAAAGCGCAGACAUCAUGAACGCCAUCUCACUACCCCCGCAAACACCCUUCAUGCUCACGGAAACAAACUCGCUAGCUAGACAAGGCCUUCCCCUCGUGUCCGAUACCUUUGGCGCUGCGCUCUGGAACCUUGAUUUCGCGUUGCACGCUGCGAGUAUCGGUGUGCAGCGGAUCCAUAUGCAUCAGGGGGUCAACUACCGAUACGGGUCCUGGCAGCCUAUUGAGACGAACCGCAGCGUGCGGGCCACGAAGCCGGCGUUUUACGGGAAUAUGGCUACGGCGGAUUUUGUCGGGAGAGCGGCUGGCGAGUUGAAAGUGGUAGAGCUCGAUUUGGCGGCGCGGAACACUACGGAAAGAGAGGAAGAAGCUGUUUAUGCCGCUUAUAUUGAUGGGGUUGCGAAGAGGUUGGCUGUGGUGAAUCUGAGACAGUGGAAUGCUACUGGCACUCCCGAGCAGCGACCGGUUCAGAAAUACGACUUUAUGAUCGAAGGGGGUGUGAAAGAAGCGAGGGUGAAGAGAUUGAUUGCUGAUGGAACGGAUCAGUAUUCUGGGGUCACGUAUGGUGGGUUUUCUUAUAAUUUGGAGUUGGACGAGGGGCGAGCUGUGAGGUUGGAGAACGUGACUGAUAUUGAGGUUUUGGAGGUUGGUGGGGAUGGGAGACUUACUGUUGAAGUGCCGGAUGCAAGCGCGGUGAUUGUUACUUUGGGUUGA